AACAGCAACGAUGCUUAGUUUCGAAGUUUUGCGAGCGCUGCUGGCGACGUUAGUACUUCUCCUGUCGGGAGUAUUUGCACAGCAAGACGCCCCGAAAGAGUGGUGGGAAACGACCGUGUUCUAUCAAAUCUACCCGCGCUCUUUCUUCGACUCGGACGACGAUGGAGUUGGAGAUGUGAAGGGGAUAACCGCCAAAUUGCAACACCUAAAGGACACCGGAUUGGAGGCAACUUGGCUUAGCCCAAUCUUCUCAUCGCCCCAGGUGGACUUUGGAUACGAUGUGAGCGAUUUUCGGUCGGUGGAUCCGCUUUUCGGCACGAAUGAGGACUUGGAGGAAUUGUUUGUCGAAGCAAAAAAGUUGGGGAUCAAAAUAAUUCUGGACUUUGUUCCGAACCAUUCCAGCAACGAGCACGAAUGGUUCAUUAAGUCCGAGCAGAGAAUCGAUCCGUACACGGAUUAUUAUGUGUGGCAUAAUGGGAGUAGCGAUGGCAUGCAGCCAGGUGAGCGCCCGCGAGUUCCAAACAAUUGGCAAUCCGUUUUCCGUGGUUCAGCCUGGGAAUGGAGUGAGGAACGCCAACAGUACUACCUACAUCAGUUCGCCGUCGGUCAGCCGGAUUUGAACUAUCGCAACGAGAAGGUCAUCGAAGAGUUCGAUGAAAUUCUGCGCUUCUGGAUGCAGAAAGGUGCAUCUGGUUUCCGGAUUGAUGCCGUCAACCAUAUGUUCGAGGUGGAAGACUUCCGUGACGAACCAAUCAACGACCCCAGCGAUCCGCUCAGCUACGGUUACACCCAUCAUAUCUACACGAAGGAUUUACUCGAAACGUACGAUGUGGUGGCACAUUGGCGUGAGGUGAUGGAUGAAUUUGUGAAAGAAAAUGAUGUGGACACCAUAAUUAUGAUGACGGAAGCAUACGCUAAUAUGACAAUGACCAUGAAGUUCUACGAGUCGGAUGAUGGCACUCAGCAACGGGCCCAUUUCCCCUUCAACUUUGUCAUGAUCGAGGAACUAGGGGAUGCUUCGAAGGCGUCUGACUUCAAAUACAUAAUCGAUCGUUGGCUGGAAAAUAUGCCCCGUGGCAAAGUUACUAACUGGGUUUUGGGCAACCAUGACAAACCACGCGUUGCCAGUCGCUAUGGACGUCAGCGUAUCGACGGAAUGGCCCUCCUGGUGAUGACACUACCCGGAGUGGCUGUUAUAUACAACGGCGAGGAAAUUGGCAUGGAAGAUUUCAGGGAUAUCUCAUACGAGGAUACCAAAGAUCCCCAAGGAUGCAAUCUGGGACCAGAAAGUUACAAAUGGGCCUCUAGGGAUCCGCAGCGCACGCCGUUCCACUGGGAUGAUACCUUUAACGCUGGGUUUUCAAGGGCACCCCGCACCUGGCUACCGAUGCAUCCGUUGUAUAGACAGACUAAUCUCCUCAAACAGAAAGAAGCCGAUUGUAGCACCUAUAAGUUCUACGUUGAUGCCCUGAAACUUCGCAAGGAACGUGUUUUCACGCACGGGGAGUUCCGAUCCCGAGCGUACAACGACGAUGUGUUUGGCUUGGUGCGGUUUGUUCGCGAAAACGAACAGCGGACGCUCGAUCCGUUCUACGUUGUUAUGAUCAAUUUUGCCGAUCGAACCCACACGGUUGACGUUAGUGAUCUUUAUCGAUUCAGCGGCGAUAGCGCGACGGUACGCCUGAUCGGUACGGAGUCACGGCACCUGGUUGGGGACGUGGUCGAUCCGUCAGCAUUGGUUUUGGGGCCGUACGAAGCGAUUAUGAUUGGCCAUGCCGAUGCCGAUGCUGAUGACGAUGCCGAUGCCGAUGGUUCAGCUGGCGUGAAAGUAACGACUGACUUGUUAUUAUUCGUUAUUAUCACCUGUAAUUUCCUGUUAAUAAAAUGAUUACAGUGAGGGAAGUCUCGUUACAAUAUCCUUUGUUUUAA